CGUCCAGCAGCUGAUCGGUAAUCCAGAAGAAGUUUCCCCUCAGUUAGGGGGGAGCUCCACUUUGAAGCAGGAGACUCCACAACUACCCUGCAUUAAAAAGGAAGAGGAGGAACUCUGCAUCACUCAGGAGGGAGAGUGUCUUCUAGGACGAGAGGAAGCUGAUUACACCAAGUUUCCACUGAGUAUUCUCUCUGUGAAGACUGAAGAUGAUGAAGAGAAACCACAAGACGAAGGCGAGGUUGAAGAACCUUUGAGCAGCGAUAAAGACUGUGAAGAGACCAUCAGCUUCUGGGUUUUGGACGCCCCAAUAGCCCCUCUCGUCCUAGGCCGAUCUUGGCUCGUUCAACAUGAUCCCCACAUCUCCUGGUCUACUGGCAAGAUUCUGGCUUGGAGUAAUCACUGCCAUGCUCAUUGUCUCAAAUCUGCAAUAGUUCAUUCCGAAAGCCCUAGACCAGCGUCACCACCGGUGGACCUCUCCCGAGUCCCCAAAGUUUACCACGAUUUAGCCACCGUAUUUAGUAAGGAACAAGCCUUGUCUCUUCCACCUCACAGACCUUACGACUGCACUAUCGACCUCAUCCCUAAUGCAGCUCUCCCUAGCAGUCGAUUGUAUAACUUGUCUCUCCCUGAAAAACAAGCUAUGAAGGAUUACAUCUCUGAGUCCCUUGCUUCUGGAAUCAUCAGACCAUCUAAGUCACCUGUCGCCGCUGGAUUUUUCAUUGUGCAAGAAGAAUGGGUCACACAGUCCCUGCAUCGACUACCGUCAACUGAACGGUAUCACCAUUAAGAACAAGUAUCCUCUACCCCUGCUUAAUUCAUCCUUUGAACCUCUCACCCCUGCCACCAUCUUCUCCAAGUUAGAUCUUCGCAAUGCGUAUCAUCUGGUCCGCAUCAGGGAGGGAGAUGAGUGGAAGACAGCAUUUAAUACUCACCUGUGUCAUUUUGAAUAUAAAGUUAUGCCUUUUGGUCUGACUAAUGCUCCCGCUGUUUUUCAGGCCCUUGUCAAUGACAUUCUUAGGGAUAUGAUUGAUCGAUUUGUGGUGGUCUACCUGGAUGACAUAUUCAUUUUUUUCCAAAGACCCUCAGGAACACCAGCACCACGUCCGUCUCGUUCUUCAAAGAUUACUGGAGAACCGUCUAUUUGUCAAGGCUGAAAAAUGUGAGUUUCUUUCCUCGUCAGUUGAGUUUCUCGGUUUUGUCAUUGAAAAGGGACACAUCAAGGCUGACCCCAAAAAGGUGACGGCGGUGGUGGAAUGGCCUCAACCCUCUACUCGUGCCGCAUUACGUAGUUUUCUGGGAUUCGCUGGAUUUUACAGAUGAUUUAUCAAGGAUUUCAGUAAGUUGGCCGCAACCCUUCAUGCACUUACUUCAACCAACAGACCUUUUCAGUGGAACCGUGAAGCAGGUAUGGCAUUUUGGUGCCUGAAGAGGAGCUUCGUCUCUGCACCCAUCCUUGUUUAUCCGGAUCAAGACUGCCCCUUCAUUGUUGAGAUUGAUGCAUCUGAUUCAGGAGUUGGGGCAGUCCUUUCGCAACGCUCCAAACAGGACAGCAAGAUCCACCCUUGUGCAUUUUUUUCUAGACGUUUAUCCCCUGCUGAGCGUAAUUAUGAUGCUGGUAACCGGGAGUUAUUUGCUGUCUACGAGGCAUUAAGGGAGUGGAGACAUUGGUUGGAAGGUGCUAAACAUCAAUUUCAGGUUCUCACUGAUCACUGAAAUCUUCUUCAUGUCCGAUCAGCCAAGAGACUCAAUGAUCGGCAGGCCCGUUGGUCUCCGUUUUUUGGUCGCUUCAAUUAUGUUCUCUCUUUCAGACCAGGAUCCUGUAAUACUAAAGCUGAUGCACUCUCUCGCCAGUUCUCGGAAGAAACCACCGACAAGACCCCAGAAGAAACCAUCCUUCCACCCUCCAGUAUUAUCGGCAUGGUCAUUUGGAAAGUGGAGGGUCUUGUCCAAGACUCCUUGAAAGAGAGACCGGGACCAGCUGGCGGAUCUCCCAACAGAUUAUUUGUUCAUCGGGAACUUCGUCUUCAAGUUUUGGAGUGGGGGCAUUCCAGUGUCUUCUCCUGUCGUGGAUUUUCAACGCACUCUUUCCUUCAUCCGCCGGCGGUUUUGGUGGCCAUCCAUGGCUAAGGAUACCCGUGAGUUUAUCGCCGCAUGCAGUACUUGUGCACGAAAUAAACCAUCCCACAGACUGCCGGCAGGACUGCUGUGUCCUCUUCCCGUCCCCAGUCGCCCAUGGUCUCACAUAUCUAUGGAUUUCAUUACUGGUUUUCCCCCAUCCCAAGGUAAUACCAUCAUACUCACCUUCAUUGACCGAUUUUCUAAAGCCGCACAUUUUGUUCCCCUUCCUAAAUUCCCAUCUUCCUCUGAAACUGCUGACCUUCUUACCACUCAUAUUGUUAAACAACAUGGCAUCCCGGUGGACAUUGUCUCGGACCGUGGUCACCAGUUCACAUCCAGAGUGUGGCAGGCAGAAUCUGCAAGGGAAUUGGGGCCACGGUCAGUCUCACUUCUGGUUAUCAUCCGCAGAGUAAUGGUCAGGCUGAAAGAGCUAACCAGAGUGUGGAGACCAUGUUGCCCUGCAUUUCCGCCCGACAACCAUCCUCCUGGAGCAAGUUUCUGCCAUGGGUCGAAUUUGCUUAUAACUCCAUGAAGAGUUCAGCUACGGGAUUAUCACCAUUUGAGUGCUCCCUUGGUUACCAACCCCCUAUGUUUCCCCAACAGGACAUUGAAGCAUCUGUGUCUUCAUCUCACAAGCAUAUCAAGAAGUGCCAUCAGGUAUGGAAGGCAGCCUGUGCUUCUCUACUGAAAUCUUCGGAAAGAAUGUGCAACAGUGCCAACCGGCGACGCAAUCCGGCCCCCGUUUACUCUCCUGGCCAACAAGUACUGCUACGUUCCAAAGACCUUCACCUUCAGACGUCCAGCAGCUGAUCAGUAAUCCAGAAGAAGUUUCCCCUCAGUUAGGGGGGAGCUCCACUUUGAAGCAGGAGACUCCACAACCACCCUGCAUUAAAAAGGAAGAGGAGGAACUCUGCAUCACUCAGGAGGGAGAGUGUCUUCUAGGACGAGAGGAAGCUGAUUACACCAAGUUUCCACUGAGUAUUCUCUCUGUGAAGACUGAAGAUGAUGAAGAGAAACCACAAGUAGACAACCUCUUAGCUCCACUAUCAGAUAGUGAGGCUGAAGACGAGGUUGAAGAACCUUUGAGCAGCGAUAAAGACUGUGAAGGUGAUAUGAGGACUCACACUGACAACAAACACUCUGAAUGCUCUACAAAGAAGAGAGGUAAAACAUGUUUGAGCUGCUCAGUUUGUGCUGAAAGUUUUACUAAAAAGAGCAGUUUGACUCUACACAUGAGAACACACACAGGUGAAAAACCAUUUAAAUGUUCAGUUUGUGAUAAAAGCUUUUCUCGAAAUAGCAUUUUGACUGAACACAUGAGAACGCACACAGGUGAAAAACCAUUUAGUUGUUCAGUUUGUGGCGUCAGCUUUUCUCAAAAUAGCCAUUUGACUCAACACAUGACAACACACACAGGUGAAAAACCAUUUAAUUGUUCAGUUUGUUGCAAAAGCUUUUCUGUUAAGAAUAAUUUGACUCAACACAUGAGAACACACACAGGUGAAAAAACAUUUAAUUGUUCAGUUUGUGGCAAAAGCUUUUAUGGUAAGAGCAAUUUGACUGAACACAUGAGAACACACACAGGUGAAAAACCAUUUAGUUGUACAGUUUGUGGCAAAAGCUUUUCUGGUAAAAGCAGUUUGACUGAACACAUGAGAACACACACAGGUGAAAAACCAUUUAGUUGUACAGUUUGUGGCAAAAGCUUUUCUAGUAAGAGCAAUUUGACUAAACACAUGACAACACACACAGGUGAAAAACCAUAUAAGUGUUCAGUUUGUGGCAAAAGCUUGUCUAAAAAUAGCCAAUUGACUCGACACAUGAGAACACACACUGGAGAAAAACCAUUUAGUUGUUCAGUGUGCUGUAAAAGGUUCACACAUAAUGCAGACACAGUAAAACACAUAAGAACACACAAGGGAAAAUAACCAAUUAGCUGUUUAGUUUGUGGUAUGUUGCUCAUAUGUGGCGACAUCCACCCUACCCAGGACCUCCUCACUGCUUCUUUCACAAAUAUCUGAUGUAUUCAUACAAACUUGGAUUAUUUGGAGCAUAAUCUUAUCUACUCAUGACCCCAUGUCUUCUCUGUAUCUGAAACCUUCCUGAACAGUAAGAUAGAUGAUGCUUCAAGUGCUUGGUUACUCUUUCUUCAGUCCAGGGACCUGGGGCCUCAUGUGUCAAGUUUGUCCAUCCAUCCAUCCAUCUUUUUCCGCUUAUACGAGGUCGGGUCGCGGGGGCAGCAGCUUAAGCAGGGAAGGCCAGACUUCCCUCUCCCCAGCCACUUCGUCCAGCUCCUCCCGGGGGAUCCCGAGGCAUUCCCAGGCCAGCCGGGAGACAUAGUCUUCCCAACGUGUCCUGGGUCUUCCCCGUGGCCUCCUACCGGUCGGACGUGCCCUAAACACCUCCCUAGGGAGGCGUUCGGGUGGCAUCCUGACCAGAUGCCCGAACCACCUCAUCUGGCUCCUCUCGAUGUGGAGGAGCAGCGGCUUUACUUUGAGCUCCCCCCGGAUGGCAGAGCUUCUCACCCUAUCUCUAAGGGAGAGCCCCGCCACCUGGUGGAGGAAACUCAGAAUCAGCACCUCCAAGUCCGAAUCCAUGGUUCUCGCCCGGAAAAGGGUGGAGUGCCAUCUCCGGGUUGCGGAGGAGACCCUGCCCCAAGUGGAGGAGUUCAAGUACCUCAGAGUCUUGUUCACGAGUGGGGGAGGAGUGGAUCGUGAG